AACAUGUUCAGCAGUAAGGACUUCUAGGCUUUACUUACCCUCCGAUUGUACUUCCCGGUUAUGUAAAGUUAGCACUUGCCUAGUUGACAUAGAUACAACUGAAAAAUCGUCAAUGGAAUUGGAUAAUGAGGAAAAGUUUCAGAAAGUAUGCAUCGCAGUCGGAACAGCAGAGAUGAGCAUAAGUAUCCAAACUAAUAGAAGGACA